UUUCGAUGUCUUCAUCAACCAACUUCGAGUUUAGUUUAAACGUUAGUCUUGAUCGAGCACCCAUCCGGGUGAGAAGAUUGAACUUGCUGAUUUCUUUUUUAUCCAGCAAGUAACGAUCGGGUGAAAAUGGCGGUUUGGGGCAUUUUGCUCACGGCUGCCACCCUUUUGGGGCCCAUGGUAAGCGGAGACAAGAUCAAAGUGAGCCAGCAUUGCGUCACGUCCAACUCUUCCAUUGACAGCGUUUAUGCUUAUGCAGAGAAGGGGCUCAACAGCUCAAGGACAUUACGCCUUUCGAAAUUCAGCGGGAAGGUGAUGCUCCUUGUUAACGUGGCAACCUACUGAGGGUUCACCUAUCAGUACCACGAAUUGAAUGCACUACAAGAGGAGUUUGCCAAUGAUUUGGUUGUUUUAGCUUUUCCUUGUAAUCAAUUUGGACAGCAAGAACCCGGAGGUACUGAUGAGGAGAUUUUGAACGGGAUUCGUUACGUCCGGCCGGGAAACGAUUUCCAGACGAACAUAACGCUUUUCCGCAAGAUUGAUGUCAACGGCGCUAACGAACAUCCCUUAUAUUCUUAUCUGAAAAAAAGUUGCCCGACGACUCGUGAUUUUUUCGCACCAGCCACGAGACUGGAUUACAGUCCAAUGCGCAACAACGACGUCCGCUGGAAUUUCGAAAAGUUUCUAAUCAGCCGCAAGGGCAAACCUGUGAAACGUUACGAUGCCAGUUCUCGGGUCUCGGAUAUGCGCGAUGACAUUGAAUCCCUUCUUUUCCCCUCUCUCGUGUAGAUGUUGUUGUUUAUGAAUCUUAUUUUUUUUCCGCUUGAGGGAACUUUUAACUUGCUUGUAAAUGUUUUAGAAGCAGCCGUGUUGUUGUGAGGGGGAAAAACGAGAUUGGCGCGCGUGACGUAAUGACACUCCAGGUCUCAACCGCCCGAAAUAUGGCGGCGAUUUGGAGAAGAGGUUUUGAAAUUCGGUUCGACUUGAAUUAAGGAUGUGACGGACGAGAGAUCAUUUACCAUCUCGCUCUCGUUUUCGUGCUCCCUUGUGCAUUCGGGGGCCGUCAGAUCCGGUUUCAGUCGCCGGUUUUGUCCGCUCGAGUCCGUUUCGUACUUUCCCUCACGACGGCUGUGGAUGAAUACAUGGAAGUUUAAGCUACAAA